AUGGCAGAAUACAAAACAUCGUAUACAAUCGAUAGACUCAACUCAGGAAAUUGGGAGUCGUGGAGACUUCACAUGCAGGCGCUCUUAGAAGAGCGAGGGCUCUGGGAUAUUGUCACAGGUGCAUCACCCAAACCAGUCGUAGAUUCGACAGCAUCGAAAACUCAAAAAGCGGCACUGGAGGAGUGGAAUACGAAGGAUGGAAAGGCCAGGCGACAGAUGAUUCUGUGCAUGGAUAGCAGUGAGCUGCGCGAUACAAGCGGAGCUACUACUUCGAAAGCACUGUGGGAUCUAUUGAUCUCACGGAAGGAGUCGGCAGGCAGCGCUGGGCUGAAUAGCGCACUUGCAUCGCUGUUCAAGGCGAAGGCCGAAUCUGAGGCAGACAUUCCGGAGCAUCUGAAGAAAAUAAAGGAUCUCCAGACGCGUAUUAACACCUAUGGGUUAAAAUAUGCGCUCAAUCUGCCCGAUUGGCUAUUUACGUCAAUUAUGAUCAACACCCUACCAAGUUCUUGGGAGCCAUUUACAAAUGCGUAUUCGGGGUCCCUUAUCGCCAGGAAAAGCGACGAAGAGACAUCCCCAUAUCGGGUUAGCUCCCAGGAGAUGGAAUUAAUCCUUAUGGACGAGUGGAGACGGCGAAAUCCCAGCGGCACGGUGGCUGAAGAGACGGCACUCUUCACAAACAGCACUGGGAGAAAUAGAGGACUCAGGUCGAGGCAUGGAACCCAAAAGUGCUAUCAGUGUGGCAAUAUCGGCCACAUUGCACAUGAUUGCACACAGAUGCCAUGGAGGAACCAAAUGAAGAAGGAGAAUCAGUCAGCAGGACAACAUUACGCAAACUUUACCGAUCAAUCGGGAGAUCCAUUCGAAAUAGACUCACCGCCUGAAGAGUCUCUGCUUGGAAACGCAGUCACUGUAUCCAUCAUUGGCGCCCUUCUUGGGCCAAUGUAUCCGCUCUGUAUCAAUCAUGCUGGGUGGAUCCUUCCACGCAAGAUACUGACCGGCUCCAUUGGACGGAUCGCCGGAUUUGGCCAGGCUGGGUCUGCGGUAAUUCCGUUCAUGACUGGUGCUCUAGCGAGUCGAUUCGGUAUCAAGCCUUUGCAACCAUUGUUGGUCGCCAUGAUGGGACUCAUGACUGCCCUAUGGGAAAUCAUUCCUAACCACGCAAAACGUCGUGAUUGA